AUUAAAUCCUGGUCCUCCACCCCAAUCCCCAACCUCUCCCUCUCCGCAGGCGGCCUCCUCGCCCUCGCCGACCUCAACACAAUCGCCCAGCGCACCGCCAUCGCCGGCGGCUCCUCCUGGCUCGACGCCUUCGUCCUCGCACCGGGCCUGCAUUACCAGCAAGCCGCCGACCUCCUGACGCCCGAGGAAUACAACAACGGCGGGGCCUCGUCGAAACUGGUCCUCUGCACGCUGGACGGCAAGAAGACGCGCCUCGUGGUCAGCAAUGUCGGCAUGGUAAAGUAUCUGAGGAGGUUGUGGCAGGAGCGGGAGGGCAAGUAUGGGGUUGUGACGCUGUAUGUUGGCGAGGACGAUGCCUUUGCGUUUGGGUCCUCGCUGUCGGUGCUCUUGGGGCAUGAGAAAGCUGAGGGCGGCGGGGGGGAUGAUGAGGAGGAGAGGAGGAAGGGCGGGGGACGGGUGAGGGAGGUGCUGGAGAUGGACUGGGUCAGCCACGUGCUGUAUCUGCUGAGUCCGUUGCUCACCGUCGCGGCGAUUGUCUUGAUGGUGCUGUUGCAGGAUUGGUGGGGGCUGGGCUUCCUCCUUGCGCUCAUGCUGUCCCGGCUGGCCAACAUCUGGGCCAUCAAGGCGCGGUCGAAGCCGGGCGCUGUGCUGCCACCAAAGCAAGACUCGGAAAUGACGGAAUACACAAUCGACUGGGGCGACAACCGGCGCGUCAUCCUCAAGGGCCAGGACGCAGACCUCCGCGCCGUCACGACCGAGGCCUGGCUCCGCGCCAAGACGACGCUCGAGGGUUACCUCGAGGCCAUGUCCAAGCUCAUCGUCUACAUGGUGGCUUCCCUCAGCGGGAACCUCUCCCAGGCGGGCGCCGUCGUGCUCAUGGCGCUGCUGCUGAUUAGCGCGGGCUUGCUGGGGCUGAGCAAUGCGCAUGCCACGAGCUUGCGGAUGCAUGGCCGG